AUGCACCAUUUCCGUUCGGCGUCAAUCUCGCUUCAAAAGCAGCUCUCCUCUACCGGAGACAAUGCACCUGAAAUUGGAAAAGAGAAGGAAUCCAUAAUGGCAGGACCACCGAAGAUAAGACGGCUAUGGACCCGAGAAGAAGACGAUGAGCUCAAACACUUUAAGACAGAAUACCCCAAUCUACCUUGGGGAGAGAUCAUAAAGCUGGCGAACCUGCAGGACAGGGAUGAAAAGAGUUGUUCACAUAGGUGGAAUAACUAUCUGCGCCCUGAUAUCAACAAAGGGGAAUUCUUCCCACAGGAAGAUGAACUCAUUAUCCAUCUAAAGAGCCUUGGUGUGAGCUGGGCAUCUAUGGCAAAACAUCCUCUUCUCGAGCGGCGAUCUCCUAAUGCUAUCAAGAAUCGCUGGUACAACCACUUGAAGAAGAGGUCUGCGACUAUAAGUGACCCUAGGCGACCCCUUCCCUACCACGUGCAACACCUUCUCAUGGAUGAUCAGAAUAGUGAUCACUCCUUCUCGGAAGAUGACACUGAGGCUUGGGUGUCUUCUUGGAUUACCGACGAUGAUCUAAAUCCAAUUAGUUCGAUUCCUGAACACACCAGCUGA